CUCGCAGACGCGCAGAGCCAGGUGAAGCAGUACGCGUUCUACAUGAAGCGCGCGCUGGACGACGGCAACCUGCGCGAGUCCCUGAAGCAGUGCUCGCUCAUGCUCGGCGAGCUUCGAACGAUCGCGCUGUCGCCGCAGAAGUACUACGAGCUCUACAUGCACGUCUCCGGCGAGCUGUCGCACCUCGAGAUGUUCUUCGCGGAGCCGUCGCGGCAUCGCAAGUCGAACCUCGAGCUGUACGAGCUCACGCAGCACGCGGGGAACGUCCUCCCGCGGUUAUACCUCCUCAUCACCGCGGCGACGGUGUACGUGAAGAGCAAGGAGGGCAAAGCGAAGGACGUCCUGAAAGAUCUCGUCGAGAUGGCGAAGGGCGUGCAGCAACCGAUUCACGGGUUGUUUCUUCGCGCGUACCUGACGCAGAUAAGCCGGACGCUGCUUCCGGACGCGGGGAGUCCGUACGAGGGCGAGGGCGGGAGCGUCGCCGACGCCGUGGACUUCGUGCUUCAGAACUUCACGGAGAUGAAUAAGCUGUGGGUGCGCAUGCAGCACGGUGGCCCCGCGAGGGAGCGCGAGCGACGCGAGAAGGAGCGAAGAGAGCUCCGCGACCUCGUCGGGAAAAACCUCCUCGUGCUCUCGCAGCUCGAAGGGAUGACGCUGGAGAUGUACCGCGACGUCGUCCUCCCGCGCGUGCUCGAGCAGGUCGUGAACUGCAAGGACGACAUCGCGCAGCCGUACUUGAUGGACGCGAUCGUGCAGGUGUUCCCGGACGAGUUCCACAUCCAGACGUUGCAGCUCCUCCUGGACGCGUGCCCCAAGCUGAAAUCCACGGUGAAGGUGGGGAACGUCCUCGCGUCGCUCAUGGACCGCCUCACGAACGCGGCGAAAGAGUCGCAGGAGAUGGUGACGCAGUUCGCCGCCGUCGACGCGUUCGGGAAGCUCGCGACGUGCGUCGACGACGUCGUGCGCGCGCAGCCGACGCUGGACGCGCACGAGCGGUUACUCAUGCACGGCGCUUUAUUGUCGUUCACGAUCGCGACGCACCGCGAGCGUCUGGAUCACGUCGACGGCGUGUUGGCGUCCUGCGCCGCGGCCAUGGGCGCGUCGAGCUCGAACGGCGACGACGACGACGACGCGGGGGACGCGCGCGACGGCCCGAUCGCGCCGGCGAUGAUCGUGUCCGACCCGAAGGGGAUCCGGCAGCUCGUCGCGUUGCUCACGACGCCGCUCGAGACGUACGACCCGAUCUCGGUGUUGCGCAUGUCCUCGUACCCGAGGGUGAUGACGCUGCUGCUGCCCGCGAACUUGAGGCAGCUCGCGGCGACGAUCGCGCGCGCGGUGCUGCGCGGGGAGACGCGCGUCAGCACCCCGGAGCAGGUGGAGACGCUGUUCAAGUUCAUCGAGGUUUUGAUACGCGACGGCGACGACGGCGGCGGCGGCGUGGACGAGGAGGAUUUCGAAGAAGAGCAAGGGCUCGUCGCGAGGUUGGUGCACGUGCUCAGGAGCGAUUCGCACGAGACGCAGUACGAGCUGCUCGUCGCCGCGCGGAAGCAGUUCCAGUCCGGCGGCGCGAAGCGGUUGCGAAGGACGCUCCCGCCGCUCGCGUUUGAGGCGACGCGAUUAGGACGCGCGAUUUUACGCGACGCCGCCGCGGACGCUUCCGCCGCGCCGCCGGCGGCGGCGGCGGCCGCGCUCGUGGCGAAGACGCUGCAAUUUUUGCAUCAGACGAUCGCCGCGUUGGCGGAGACGCCGGCGCCGGAGCCGGCGUUGAGGUUGUUCGUCGACGCCGCGCGCCUCGCGGACGCCGCGGGGAUGGAGACGCUCGCGUACGACUUCUUCGAGUCCGCGAUGACAAUCUACGAGGACGACAUCAGCGACAGCAGGGCGCAGAAGAGCGCGCUGUCGAUCAUGGUCGGCGCGUUGCAGCCGUGUCGAUCGUUCACCGCGGAGUCGCGGGAGACGCUGUCGCACAAGAGCAUCGGGUACGCGUCUCGUCUGCUGAAGAAACCGGACCAGUGCGCCGCGGUGGCGUCGUGCGCGCACUUGUUCUGGUCCGACGCGGUGAAGGAUGGCAAGGGCGUGCUGUCGUGCCUGAAGAAAGCGCUGACGAUCGCGAGUAAGGCGCGCGUCGCCGCGAGCGCGACGGGGAAGGGCGCCGGAGACGCGUUGGCGUUGCACAUCGCCGUGUUGAACAAGCACUUGUACUUUUUCGAACGCGGCGUCGACGGCGUGGACGCCAAGGUGAUUCGCGAGCUCCUGGAACACAUCAACGGCGAGCUCGCGAACGACGAUACCCCGGCGCCGCCGGACGUGGAGGCGUACUACUCCGCGACGAUGCGGCACGUGAAGCACCAAAAGUUGAGAGGCGGCGAAAUCGGCGCGAGGUUCGCGGAGAUCGUCGCGUGA